GAGUCCAGGGGGGUGUUGGAGCUGUGUCUGGCUGCAGCUGUCCUGCACGCGCUCCGCCCAAAACGCGGACAGAUUGAUCUUGAAAAUUUAGCUUAGCUGGGAUAUUCGAAUGAAUGGGAUGAUGUCGCGCCGAACCAAGCCAAAAGUAGCGACCGCCUUACUAUUACUGCGUAAAUUUCAAGCCUAUCAUCAACUACUUGAAGAUUAACAUUUUUGUUUGACGACCUGCCAUCGUCGGGCAUCCAUCCAUUUACCCAUCCGCUCCAUCGUAUUGACGCGUUGGGCUCGAGGAGUAGCAGGGGAAAAGAAGAAAAAUAAACCAAAGCCAAAAAAAAGGCAAUCACUUAAAAAAAAAAAAAAAAAAAAAAAGGAACGAAGAAACAAACCACGCACAAAGCUCACACCCACAAACCACCAACAAGCAACUCAAGGACGGACUGGACUUGGCUACUGUUGUGCAACAUUCGACGCUUUAGUAAGCUUCACAAACUUCAUCUCACGAACUUCUCCGCCUCAGCUCUAUUCCUCGUCCUCGGUUCCACGACUGCGGCCCUAUCUUCCCUGGCUGGUAUUCCCGCAUGAAACAGGUUCGGGGAAUGACAGCAGCAGAUACAGUCACUUUUGUCGUUUUCACAUCCGAACUGGCCGUAUCUCUUUUAUGCAAACGAACACCUGACCUGAACAGGAUUUUGUUUCCCUAACGAUACACCGCUGGCCAACCAACCCUGUCGCUGCUCCUGACUUGGUGUACGCUGUUUGCCUCAUAAGCAGAUACAUCCGGUCGAUCUGCGCCAUUUCAACUACUCAGCGUCACGGUAGCCAGCCGGCAGUCCGUCUCAGCGGAUCGACUGGUAUUGAAAGGCAGUUUUGUCUGGUGCACGCACACUUGCGUUGCUCUCAUUCAGUUUCCUGCAGGGCCUAUCGUCCGCAUCAGAUGAGAGCUGCAUCGCACAGCCUUGUGCCCUCCCACCACACGCGACUUCUAGCAUAUGUUCAUUUGCCUUCGGACUUCAGUAGCGGUAAUUGACUGUUGGAAAAGAGUCCGGGGUAAGAAGGGACCCAGCAGCUGCGCAGGUGCAGCAAAUUCAAGCAUCAAAGGAAUCCACACAAACACCACAUCCACGCCAGAGGCACGGUGGUAGUCGGCUUCUGGAAUUUUUGAUCUCUUAUAAAGUCAAAGUCGGCCGCAUCAGCCUGUCAUCCUACAUGCCGUCGCCCCUAGACUUGUGCAUCAGAAAUUCGUCACGAUACUUGUCGAGCCAAGAUUUUCGACAAGAUCCUGCGAGCUCUCACCGCCCAGGCCUCUCAUGGCUCAAAGCGGUCAACCCCUGCAAGAGGAGCCAUUCUCACCGCUGCCUGAGUCCCCAGUCAGUACAACAGCACCGGCCCCAUCUUCCGCCUGGCCAGCUAAACCUCCCAGCUUGUGGCGAAAGUUGCUGGGUAGGGCCAAUGGCGGUGCCGAGCAGCCAGACGACGAGGCUUCCGAUGUCGAGGAGGACCAUGGCGACUCUCAGAGACACGAGGCUGAUACGGAGGAGAAGGAGGAAGACCUCGACCCCGACGACCCUCGUCUCGUUCCCGUACGCAAAAUGAACCGCAAGGUCGUGGCGGGCCUCCCGCGGGCACAGACGUUCAAAAGACAACAGUCUGAGCUCCGCGACAACCUUAUGCCCGCCGAGCUCUCUCCGGCUGAGCGUCGCGGCCUAUCUUCAGACCGUAGGCUAUACUCACCACCGUUGAACGGCUCAGACAGCUAUUCUAAUCCUCGCACGAGUGCCCCGGAUUUCGUUUCAUCCUUCGGCGACUCGUUAGCCGACGUCAACAUCUCUGGAACGACCGCCUCGGUUGAGGCACCCCGAACAGCUUCAGCGUCUUUCGUCAACGGAGGUACAGAUAAGUCUGGCGAGGAUGGGCCACUUGAGAUUGCAGGCUCGCUCCCCUUGCUGUCCCCUAACUCAGUGACGAAGUUUCCCGAACGGUCUUCCGAUCAUAACUUGGACACAGAUUCCAUGACAACCUCGGUAUACGACCAGCUGAUCCACGAUGAUCUGGAGCGUAUAUGGAUCCUGAACUUGUCGAUGCAUUUCCGGGACAAGUCCAAACGGGAGAAAUUUUUUAUCACAUACCGGCAACAUGAACACCUAUGGCGGCGGGUCACCAUCUCACUAGACUAUCGGGCCUCCCCAGAGAACUCGUUAGAGCUGGAUCUCGAACACACCAAGUUCCAGCGCGAGAAAAAUGCAAAAAUAUACGAGGCUAUCAGGGAUAGCUUGGCUGACAUACAGUUUUACGACACUGUCACCAACCUCAAACUCCAGACCACAGACGGCAGGCUCCACGUGCAUGUGGUCGAAGAUGUCAAUGAAAUAAUACAUUAUCCGACAAUCCCAAUGAUACGACAUCUCGACUGCAGGCGCGUCAAGGAGCGCGAGAUUCAUUUCGAAGCACACAUGUCAGGUUUUGUGUACAAAGUCCGUGUUCAUGGCAGAACCUUGAUCAAAAAAGAAAUUCCUGGCCCAGACACAGUUGACGAGUUCCUCUACGAAAUAAAUGCGCUCACUCAGCUGCAAGAUUCGCGCUAUGUGAUAGGGCUAUAUGGUAUCAUCAUUGACGACCGGGAGGAGCAUGUUAAAGGCCUACUCAUCAGCUACGCCGAGAACGGCACCCUUGUGGACAUGAUUUAUGACCACGACCACCAACUACCGUGGCCCAGACGUGAGAAAUGGGCGCGCCAGAUAGUCGAGGGUCUCUCUGAGAUCCACGAGGCUGGCUUUGUUCAGGGCGAUUUUACAUUGUCCAACAUUGUCAUUGACGCAAACGACGACGCCAAGAUCAUCGACAUCAACAGGAGAGGCUGCCCGGUUGGAUGGGAGCCUCCAGAAGCAACACCACUGAUUGAAAGCAACCAGCGCAUCUCCAUGUACAUUGGCGUAAAGUCUGACCUUUAUCAACUUGGCAUGGUGCUGUGGUCUCUGGGAACACAGGAGGAUGAGCCCGAGCUGCAAAACCGACCUUUGCGGCUAAGUCUGGAGACUGACUGCCCCGAAUGGUACCGCGAAAUUGUCCACAUCUGUUUGGCCGACAAUCCGCGUCAUAGGUUACAAGCUGCGAGGCUUUUGGACAUGUUUCCUGGCUCAAAAUACCAAUACGGUAGUGGUGCUGGGCGCUUGCCUCCGCACCACCAUCAUCAGUAUUCACAUGCGCCGUCAGCCUCGUUCGAUUCUUCUGUCCACAACUACAACAGUGCCCCCAUCAUCCGAACGAUCAACUCGCCGCCGCCAGAUUGGUCGUACAAGACGUACAGUGGCCAAACAUAUGUCGACACACCCGCAGGUCUCUCUCAGGAUCCGUAUUACUUCCCAAUGCGCGGAAGAUCUCCCCCAAGCCCAAUAGCAAGUCACAGAAGUGGCGAGAUGUAUGGAAAUCGAUACGGGCCACCUGCUUGGUCUGCCUACAGCUACGAGCAGAACCGCACCAGUGAAUACUCGGCCAGUGAGAUUGGUGCUGAUGAUAGAAUGGACAACGAUGCACUGCGUGGGGAGAGAAGCGAGGCUUCUUGGUCGGUCCAGGGAGAAUCCCUGGCGGAUACGGAACUGGACGAGGGGCUCAGCAUGGGUGCUUCGCUGAUCGGACUAGACGGAUCAACUUUGCAAGCUCCGGUAAUACCGGAAGAUGCUUCCCGUGACAAUGCAACGCCGCAGCCAAAAUACGCCAACACAUCGAUGCUCCCAGCAAGUUUGGCGGGGCCCUUCAUAGCGCCUGGUGAGUUUUCAGCGCCGAAUUCACUCAAACCUUGCGACAAACAACCAGAGGCCAUUCCAUUACCUCCCUCGCCGAUUGAUGAGGUCGAUUUGGUAGCUUCAACGGCCUCGCAAGCCUGCGAGUCCGAGAAAAAUGAGACGGACGCGGAUGGAGAUGGCGGAGCACUGAUAUGGCCACUCGAUGAGUUCCAGUCGGAUAAAGAAGUACCGGACUCGAUAGGGUUUGCUACUGGUCUGCCUGCGGUCGAUACGUCCUUGGUCCACUCUCAAGUUCUUAGAACCGCCUAUCCGAGAACAGAAAUAUCAACAUUAUCCGAGCUGACUGGCAUGGACGUUCACGAUACGGACAUCCUGGGCGGUGCAAGCCUGACCCCAGUUGCCGAGACACCAGAGACGAUGUUGAUGGUGAAUCCACUUGAAUCACCAAUACUAGAGCAAGUCCUGGAGAGCCUGUCACCGCGACCAUCGAGUACUAGAAGCAGCCCACCUCCAGUCCUGCCAAACGAGUUGAAAGGUGUCGGGUCUGCACAUGAAGAUACAAAUGAAGAGGUGAUGAGGACUCGAGACUCUCUAGACGACGACUUUACACACAACGUUGAUGCCAUGACCUCGGGCACAAACCUCGCAAACGAUUCUAAGUCGAUAGCCUUGAGCGGGGCCCGUCAGGAUCCCGUAACCACCCAUACCAUCGCGACCUAGACAUUACGAUUAUCUAAUGAUCAUGUUAGCCUUUUUUUUCCUCUGUCUUUUUUUUUCUUUCUUUUUUUCCUCUUCUUCGCACUUACAUCCAUGUACAGAACCUGUUUUGCUUUUUAUUUCCAGUUCAUUUCUCAAAAAAAAGGUGUUUUGUAUUCACAGCAUUCGAGAUCCCCUGUACCUAUUAACAUUCACAAUUAUGGAGUUUUGAUAAACGCCGGUGCGAGCCGUCAUCCUUUCCUGCCUAUUCAUUCGCCUAUGCUCCUUUUUUGUGAUAGCAUCACCGUUUUCCUGCAUCAUAUUUGCUCGGGCUUAAUAAAUCUACUGAUUACCUAAUCCUGUAGACCUUUAUCAAUUACACAAAAUGAGACUUUCGUAUGGCAACC